GCAUCAGGGUACUGGAAUUUAAAAGCCAAGAAUAUCGUUGAUUUGCUGCAGAACAGGUUUUUGUCCAGCGUGAUGUUAUAUUUAUUCAAAGUGUUAUGGACCGUGCGAAUGUAAAUUUUCAUCAUGGCGCCAACAUUAAUUCCAACAACAGGUGCAAUAGUUACAGCAAAUGAAUCAUUUCCAGUUGUUGCAAUUGUGGCCAUUUGUAUUGGGGGCUAUCUCUUAAUCUUUUGCAUAGUGAUUCUUGUCAGGCAGUGCCUUCUGGCUAAAGGUGUGAGCAUUUUUCCACCAUGGAUGACUGAAUGUUGCGCAUGCAGCUGUAGUUGUGGAAGUAAUGAAGGAGGAAUUUUGCAAAGUUGUGCAGAGACUUGUAACUUCAAUUGUCCUAACAGAAAGGUUGUCUUGGAAAGUGUUUGCCCAUCCAAAGAAUGGUGUGAUCAAACAUUUUGUUGCUGCAUGAGUGCACAACCAGGUGGAAAAUGCUGUGAAGAUUGUCAAGGUCCAGAGUGUGGGUUUGGACAACUCUGUGAUUGCCAGUGCCAAUGUGAAACUCCAGAGACCAUUAAUUGCAUCUGUUUUAAAAUUGAUUGUGCAGGCUCAAGCCGAUGAGGGAAUAUUCAUUAUGUAGUUGUUAUCUUCACAGAUUUUUUCAAUUGUUCAUAACACUUUAUAGGUUGUAGGCAGGUUUUAUGCCUGGGGAUAGAGCUGUUUUUGUUUAGGUCCAAUAUGCUUCUUAGAUUUAUCUGUAUGAUAUAACAUUUUCUAGAUUAAGUGUUCCUGGUAUGUAUGAUAUUUCCUGAAAUUGUAUAUCAGUGUUAAUAUUAAUAGAUAUAUUAGUGUUGUAGGAAGGCUAUGCAAUCCCAUUGGCUGUCUUGUUUUUCUUACUUGCUGCAAGUAAAAGUGAGAUAUCAGAUGCAAAUUAAGGCUAAGGGUAUCUAACCAUAACAAUGUUAAAUGCUCCUAUUUGCUUUAAACCAAGCAAACUGUUUAAAGACUCUAAGACAUUUCCAUUUUUCACCCUGUAAUCUUCUAAGUAAUCUCUCCUUCCUAGCCUGUGCCCCAGGCCACAAAUGCGCAGGCUACUUUUUCCGUUCUAAGUUCAAUAAGGAAGUCUUUUGAAACAGUGUCAUUAGAUAUCCAGGAAUGCAUUUUGUACCCAUUUGCAGUUCGUUUUAAACCUACAGCAAAGUAUGACUUACAGUAUUCAGAUCCCUGCCAAAAAUAGCAACAUAUCUAGCUCCAGCCCAAACUAGUGUUUUGAUCUUUUUUUCCUGUUUUGUGAACACUAGGUGUAUACUGGUCAAAAAAGCCCCAAGAUAGAGUUUUCUUCUUGUUUCUCAUAUUAUCCUACAUUAACAGUAAUAAGCAUUUUGUGUUACUUAUUUAACAUCAUUUUACACCCAGACUUGUUUUAUAGUAUUAGAGUUAAAACCAUUGUUGUAAAUUUGCAGAUGUAAAUAGCUUUUCAGUCUAAAAGGCUUGUCACAUGUACAUAAUGCAAUUGAUAUUGUUAGGUACUUUUCAA